CCUGCCUGCUCUCCCUCUGAGCACUUCUACUUCGCUCAGCUCCUGUGAAAAACUCCAUGUGUGUGUGUGAACUCCUCGCGUGUGUGUGUUAAGAGUUUUAUGUGUGUACAUAGAACUGUGUGUUUUUCUAAGUGGAGCUGGAGUGCAGCCGCUCAUGAGUGGAGCUGACUGCACACAGGGGAAUACUCAAAUCUCCCUGCGCUGCUUUUUAACUCACACACCACCUGCUUUUUGGACUUUUUUAAGACUCACUGGACUUUUUUGCACCAAAGUGGGACUCUGCUGCUGCUCUCUUUCUGCCCUCAAGGCACUAUUCUCUUCACUGGAAUUACUCAAGAUCUCACAGCUUUCUGAAAAUUUCUACCUGCCUGUUUUAAUCAUAUGUAUACUCUAAAUUUAUGGACUUUCUCAUGUUGAGAUUCAGCAUCAGUACCACCUGAUUCCAGAAGAACAUUUCUGUACACACUCACUGAAUUUAGACAUGCACAAGUCUGAGAAUGGGUGUUUUGCAAGCUCAUAACAAGAGCUCAGUGAGUGUGUGCGGGUGUGUAUACAGCACUCUCUAUACUGUGAGUAUAUAAUCAAGAGGGUUUGUUUUCUUUUUUUAUUCCAAUGGGAAAACUAUGAGAGGUCAAACAGCAACAAGCUGAGCAGAAGCUAUGGAAACGGUUGGUGCUGUCAGAGGUAUGUUGGGCUCAGGUGGACGCUGAUCCCGACCCGGAAUGUUCUGAACUCUUUUGGAAUUUGGUUCCCCUGGAAACGAAUGGACAGGUCUCUAUGCCCAUGUGUGACAUUUUUGUCCCGUCUUGGAUGUGAGAGGUGAACUUGGUCGUCCUUCACGAGAGGAGCUGUGGAACUGCCAAGAAAACUCUUCAGAACCACUGAGGACAUUAUAAAGAUUACACUGAAUAUUAACAACUUGAAACAAAGACUGGAAAAGACUGAAGUUCUGCUAUAGAAAAAAACUAGAGGGAGAAUCUGUUUUGGGUUUGAAAAGCUGAGCUGAAUCCAAAUCAGUCCAAAGGCAAGUGGACUCGUAGAAAAUAAGACAACUAUUGGGCAUUACUGCUAAGUGGAAUCUAAAUAAAGAAAUAAACUUUUGAAAGGCAGGAGUUUGUCCUGUGUGCCAAAAUGAUGACCAUGAUGAUGAUGAUGGUGGCCAUGAUGGUCACCUGCAGCUCCCUGUUCCUGCUGGGUGUGGCUGCUGCCCAUGCUUCCUCUGGCACCGUGACCCGCACUUCCUCCUCCUCUUCCUCCUCUUCUCCCUCCUCCUCCUCCUCCUCCUCCUCACCACGCAUGAAGCUCUCAUACAAAGAGUUGCAGCAGUUCCAUGGAGUGCGGCGGUUUGAGCUGGAGCGUUCAUGCUGCUUCAGCGCUCUGCUAUUGGAUGAAGAAAGAGGCCGUCUCUUCGUCGGGGCCAAGAACUUCCUGCUGUCGCUAUCAUUAGACAACAUUGCCAAGCAGGAACACAAGAUCUAUUGGCCCGCUCCUGUCGACUGGAGGGAGGAGUGUAACUGGGCUGGCAAGGAUAUCACUUCUGACUGUGUGAACUAUGUGAAGAUUGUGCACCACUAUAACCGCACCCACCUGUAUGCCUGUGGAACCGGAGCCUUCCACCCUACCUGUGCCUUCGUAGAGGUGGGACAUAGGAUGGAGGACCAUGUAUUCAGAAUUGACCCCUCCAAGGUGGAGGACGGGAAAGGGAAGAGUCCGUAUGAUCCUCGCCACAAUGCUGCAUCUGUACUCGUUGGUGAUGAGCUAUAUGCAGGGGUGGCCACGGACUUAAUGGGACGGGACUUCACCAUCUUUAGAAGUCUGGGGAAACGCCCCUCCAUCCGUACUGAACAGCAUGACUCACGCUGGCUCAAUGAACCAAAAUUUGUUGGUUCCUUUUGGGUCCCAGAAAGUGAAAACCCCGAUGAUGACAAGGUAUUUUUCUUCUUCCGUGAGACGGCAGUUGAGGCCCAGGGGCUGGGAAAGUCCACCUACUCUCGCAUCGGACAACUCUGCAGGAAUGACAUGGGCGGUCAGCGAAGUCUGGUGAACAAGUGGACGACAUUCCUCAAGACUCGUCUGAUAUGCUCAGUGCCAGGAGCUGACGGCAGUGACACAUACUUUGACGAGCUGCGCGAUGUGUUCCUGCUGCAGACGAGGGACAGAAAGAACCCUCUGGUCUACACUGUCUUCUCUACUUCCAGCAGUGUAUUUAAAGGCUCAGCUGUGUGUCUCUACUCCAUGAAUGACAUCCGGAGGGCCUUCCUGGGGCCCUUUGCUCACAAAGAGGGGCCCAACUACCAGUGGGUUCCCUUCCAGGGAAAAGUUCCCUAUCCCCGCCCAGGAAUGUGUCCCAGCAAGACAUUCGGCAGUUUUGAAUCCACAAAGGGUUUCCCAGAUGAUGUGAUCCAGUUUGCGCGUCACCACCCUCUGAUGUAUAAUCCGGUCUACCCUAUGAGCCGACGGCCUGUCUUCGUCAGAACUAAUGUGGACUACAGCUUCACACAGAUUGUUGUGGACAGAGUCAGCGCUGCUGAUGGACAGUAUGAUGUCAUGUUUAUUGGCACAGACAAAGGAACAGUACUAAAGGUGAUCAAUGUCCCUAAGGAGAGCUGGAACAACAUGGAGGAACUUUUACUGGAAGAGCUGGAGGUCUUCAAAGAUGCCUCAUCAAUCAUCAACAUGCAGAUCUCCUCAAAACGGCAACAGUUGUAUCUUGGCUCAGACACAGGCAUUGCCCAGGUUCCCCUUCACCGCUGCAGUGUUUAUGGGAAGGCCUGUGCGGAGUGCUGCCUGGCCAGAGAUCCGUACUGCGCCUGGGAUGGAACAUCCUGUACUCGCUACCUGCCAAACACCAAGAGACGUUUCCGUCGCCAGGAUGUAAGGAACGGAGACCCCAACACCCUGUGCUCUGGAGACCAUCAUAAGUACCGGGUUGCAGAGAGGAAGCUGUAUGGAGUUGAGGGAAGCAGCACUUUCUUAGAGUGUAUACCCAAAUCCCUUCAGGCCAGAGUCACCUGGACCUUCCAGAAACUAUCACAGAACCCACGGGAAGAGGUGCGUCUAGAUGACCGCAUCCUCCAGACAGAGAGAGGCCUUCUGAUUCGCCGUGUCCUGAAGAGAGAUAUCGGUAUCUACCAGUGCCAUGCCAUGGAACACGGCUUCACCCAAACCUUACUAGGUAUCACCUUGGAAGUUGUGCAGUCAACAUCCUCCUCAGUAGCCAGUCUACCCUCCGAUGCCCCUGUCCGAUUAGAUCCCCGCAGCGGAGGUGGGCCCCCAAUGACAAAUCAAAAGCUUUGGUACCGGGACUUCAUGCAGCUGGUGGACCAUCCUAACCUAAGCACCGUUGACCAGAUUUGUGAGCAAGUUUGGGCACGCAAGAACGCAGGUGGUGACCAAUUGGAUAAGAGCUUUCCUGCUCCAGGGAAGGAGGGUCCGCCUCUGGGUCCUGCUGUUCACCCGGCUAACAAGAAAUGGAAGCAUCUUCAAGAGAUAAGGAAGGGGAGAAACCGUCGGACCCACGACGGGAAACCAAACCCUCGGGCUCCCCGCAGCGCAGGGGAGUAACAACGUAGAAAAAAAGAGAUGGAGGGAGAAAAUAAUGACUGAUACAAAGAGAUAGGAGGAGAAUGAUAGAAAGAGACUGAGAGACCAAGAACUCCUGGAGGUUUUCACACAUACAGAUAAACCCACGCACAUAAAAACCCACACAGACAGACACACACAGCACCUCCGGUAUUAUGUAUAUUUAUCUAUGGAUUCCCCCGCUAUAUGGUACUCCAGUCCCUUAGCCCUCAUCCCACUGGCCAGCCCCUGCAUGUGCUGCCUUACUGCCCAAAUUGAUUCUGCACGAUCCCUUUACACUGUUCCACUAGCGUAGUCAAGUGUACAAGCAGGUAUGUGGGAGUGAACCCACCUUUAUCUGUGGGCAAUAACCUUACACUAAUCUGUCAUUCCCUUUACCACUGACUGUAUAUGGAAGGUGGAUUCAAAGCAAAAUGUUUUCCUACUACAUGUUAGCUAUACAUGUUAUAUGUAGAUAGUGGCUCACAGUAUGAACACAUACUCUCUGGACUAUACCUCUCAGAUCAAAAACAGCCCCAGAGUUUUGGAUGAACUCUCCUCACAGCUUUUCUUACCCGAAGAUUUCAUACCAAUAGAAAAAUUGUUGACUUGAGUGCUGCGCAUAAUGGGAAGGAAUGGAGAAACGUGACAAUUAGAAUAUACUGGAAAGUAAUGGUCUUUAACUGGAAACACAUUUAACUAUUUAUGUGCAAUUGCACAAGCAUGCAGACAAACACUUUUUUAAACAUUAUUACUACAUGAACAGAUGAAUUGAUUAAUGUCUUGUGGUGCUCUUGUUGCACAUAUUUCCAGUAACCUCACUUUUCACAUGGUUUUCUGUGGAUAUUACAUAAUGCAGUCACAGAAGAGGUAGAGAUGCCAGCAGCGUGGGGAAGCCUGUGGAACAUGUUGCAGAACUGGUUAUAUUAUAUAGUAGAUCUCUUAGCGGUUUCCUUAGGCACAUUGAGGCAUGUUGCAGCAAAAUAAAUCACACAAAACAAUGCAGUCAUGGGUAGAGAGCUGUUGUAUCUGGCCAGAUAUGAUUAUACUGCUUUACUGGUCCAAACCACUAGAGAAUGGAGGGGUGGAAAAACUACUGGCAUUCCAUGAUGUGAGAGAAAGAUGAGAUGUUUACAGAACACAGACAUAGCUGGAGCACAAAGAAGUUAAUCUCUAAAAGAAAAUAAAAGCCCAAAUAAGACCUGGAUUCCAUCUGAACAAGUUUUGGUUAGGUUUUAAUGUGGUGUCUUAAAAACACAAAUAUUAUAAUAAGCAUUGGAAGUGCAUAUUUAAAAAAACAAAAAAACAGUUUUGACAUAAUAAAUAAAUAAUAAAACCUCACUAAAAUUCGCUAUUUAUUGGUUUAAUUUUUGGCUGUGUUCAAUGUUUUUUGCAUUACGUUUAAGAUAAGUCAUGAAAAUGGUGGUUUGGGUAGUUUAAUAUGAUGGAAAGAAAGAGGAAAGAUGUUAGUGGAUUCUAAAAUGACAACCCAUGUUUCUGGGCUACAGUACAGUAUAUAUAUAUUAGCAUGAUAUUUAUAUGUUUUUUUGUAUUCUAAGCGGUACUUCUAUUCCUUGUUCUUUUACACUGUUUUUGCAUAUUUUUUUGUGAUAAAUGGAUAAAUGCAAACUAUAUGAGACCCCUCACUCAGCACGGUAAAAUGCCAAGAAAGAGCCUUCUUCUGCACUGUCAACAAUGCAUUUCACUGUCCACAACCCCCCCACCCCCCCUCUGACUUCAUACACUGCUGGAAUCAUUCUCAGCGUAGUGUUACAGAUCAAUGACUUUUGCUGCUUAACGAUGUCAUCUCUUCCUAAUAGACUAUUGGUACACUAUAGGUCUUCCUUCUCUCUGUCUUUAGUCUCUUUCUGUGUAUUAUCUGUAAAGAAACCUUGUUUGUUGGUUGUCUGUGCUGACAUGGUGUGUAUAGCCUGCCCCCUAGUGUCUAUUGUGUACAGGCUCAGAUAAAGAGCUUACCUGUGGUACCACACUUCAUUAUAUCAUUGUCAAUCUACAUGAAAGAAAGCAACUGGCCUUGUAAGAUAAAACAUGCAUUUAUGUUUUGUAUUCAUAAAAUCUCAAUAUGAUUUUUAUGAUGAUUAUAUGGUCUAAUUUGUGUUGCUGCCAGUGCCAGUGUUGCUGGAGUAUCAUGGCUUUAAAGAUUUUUUGAAUAAAAUGAAAUUGGCUAAAUAUGGCUUUGGUAAUUUACACAGCCCUGAUAACAGGAAGCAGCACAAACUAGGUCUGUGAGUGGAUUUUAGGUGUAUGGAAUCAUUGUUGUUGUUAUUUAUAUACAAUCUUUCUAGAGAUGUAAUUAACUCUUUAAACCCAAAUGAACUGACUUUCUAGUGUAAAGGGACACUCUGCAUUUUGACAUCACAUGCAGGAUUUACUGCAAAGAAAAUGACAUGGGAAAAAAAGUUUAAAUGUAGGAAGAAGCACGUCUACACAUGCACUAUCUGCAUUUACUAAUUCACUAAAUGGAGUUUAAACUUCUUUUUCUUUCACAAGAGAUUUACAAUGUUAGUGAUGUCAAACUUGCCCGAGUCUCCCUUUUAAGCCAGCUGUUGUCUUGUGCUCUUUUGAAAUUGCAUGACCAAUGUUUAUGGCUACCGCGUUUGACAAUGGUGCAGUGGCGAGAAAGAGUGAGAGAAAGAAAGCACAAUGUUGAAUUAUUAUUAUUCCUAUGUAUUUAUGUGCAAAGAUAAGCUGAUAUGUUGUGGUGGAUUUUUAUUUUUCUUAUAAAUGUAGAUUUGCAUCUGUAUUGUUCAUGUUCUGCUGAGAAGGACAAACCCUCAACAUUGUUUUGGGAAAACUCCUUCUGAACACAGUGUCCUGUCUUUGUUGUGUUGUCACACAGCCCAUCAACACUCCUGUUGUAUCCCAUGCCAUGUGACGCACCCCUGUAUGAUAGCUCACAAGGAGAAGCAUGUGUAUGUGAGUGCGUGUGUGAGCGAGCGAGAAAUGUGUGCUUGUGGUUUUUUGUGUGUGAGUUUCGGGGGAAAGCAGAGCUCUGUAUAUAAUGGCAAAGGAACAGUGGUGUGUGUGUGUGUGUGUGUGUGUGUGUGUGUGUGUGUGUGUGUAGAGCGGUCUGUAGGUGAAAGUUCAAAGGCCAAAGUUAACGUGGUGCACUGUAAUACUCCCAGAGAUCUUUGUGAAAUGUCAUGUCAGAUUGUUUUUGAUUAACACAAUAAAAAUAUGCAGUUACUUAAAAUUAA